UGUUUCCUCGCUAUGUAACAUCUAUCAAUCUGUCUGUCUGUCUGUCUGUCUGUCUGUCUGUCUGUCUGUCUGUCUGUCUGUCUGUCUGUCUGUCUGUCUGUCUGUCUGUCUGUCUGUCUGUCUGUCUGUCUGUCUGUCUGUCUAUCUAUCUAUCUAUCUAUCUAUAAAUCUGUCUCUCUAUCUCUGGUUGGGGCCCCUGCUGUGGCCCUCUUGUUCUUCUCUGAAGAGGCAGACAUGUUUAUGUGCAUGUGUGUAUUGUGAGGGUUACAGCCCGUGCUCAAAGGCGGGGCCUGUUUGCAGAGUGUGGGUCCUCAUUGGUCGACGGAGGCCCUCCCCCCUCCUUUUUAAAAGCCUGUAUUUUCACCUGAGUUACAAAAGAGCUGCUGCUCCUCACCCAUCCACUGUGUCUUCUUAAAGAACACAUUUCUUCAAAACAAGAAAAGGAACUCUCAGAAUCUCUUUAAGGAAACUUUCAGUGAGUAUAAAAGUCUAGCAGAAAUUGAGGAAGAAACGUAUCACACCCUUGUGAAGCCCUGAGAUCUUGAAAACGGAACAUUUCUCCGCCCCGUCAUCUCGCUGCGCGCCACUAUGCCGGGAGUCGUGGAUCGUAUGGAGCUAAGCAAAGUCUCCACGGAGGCUGAUGACGACAGCAACGACAGCCUGGACGACUGCUACACAGAGCCCAUUGACGCGGAGAAGGCCACCAUCGACAGUCAGUUUAUGGAUGACAACGAUGAUGCAGAAAGCCAGAAGUUCCUGUCGAAUGGGCUGAUGAAGAAGAAGAAGUAUGAAGAAUACCAUGAAGAAUAUCAUCCUGGCCACACCUCCUUCGGGAUGUCUGUCUUCAACCUGAGCAACGCCAUCAUGGGCAGCGGUAUCCUGGGCCUGUCCUUCGCCAUGGCAAACACUGGCAUCAUUCUCUUUUCACUCCUCCUCUUCGCCGUGGCCAUCCUCUCCUUGUAUUCUGUUCACCUGCUCCUCGUGACGGCAAAAGAAGGAGGAUCUCUCAUCUAUGAAAAGCUUGGGGAGAGAGCAUUCGGUUGGCCUGGCAAAAUGGCAGCAUUUAUAUCGAUAACCAUGCAGAACAUUGGAGCCAUGUCCAGCUACCUCUUUAUUGUGAAGUAUGAGCUGCCCGAGGUGAUCCGAGCUUUCUUGGGCUUAGAAGAAAUAUCUGGUGAAUGGUACUUGAAUGGAAACUACCUGGUGGUGUUUGUGUCCAUCGGGAUCAUUCUGCCUUUGUCUCUCCUGAAAAAUCUGGGAUACCUGGGCUACACCAGUGGCUUUUCGCUCUGUUGCAUGGUCUUCUUCCUGUGCGUGAUGAUCUACAAAAAGACGCAGCUGCCCUGCCCUCUUCCUUUCUUCGCCCACCACUCGGCCAACCUCACCAUGAACGCCUCGGACGCGUCGGGGCUGUACCUGAUGCAGAACCACUCGCUGCAAAUGGAUUUCUCUCGAGCCGACAUGUCGCCGGCGGUCAAGGGCAGCCACGACGCCCACCUCUCCACCGGUGUGCACGUUGAGCCCCACCCUGACGACGAGGAGAUGUGCACGCCCAAGUACUUUAUCUUCAACUCGCAGACGGCGUACACCGUGCCGAUCCUGGCCUUUGCCUUCGUGUGCCACCCGGAGGUCCUGCCCAUCUACAGUGAGCUGAAAGAUCGCAGCAGGAAGAAGAUGCAGAACGUUUCCAACCUGUCCAUCUUGGCCAUGCUCGUCAUGUACAUGUUAUCGGCGCUGUUUGGCUACCUCACCUUCUACGGGAACGUGGAGGCAGAGUUGCUCCACACCUUCACCAAGGUUUAUAAGUUCGACACCAUGUUGCUGCUGGUGCGCUUGGCCGUUCUCACCGCCGUCACCCUGACUGUGCCCAUCGUGCUCUUCCCUAUCCGCUCCUCCAUCACCACAUUGUUAUUCAGCGGUCGAGAGUUCAGCUGGACUCGCCACCUGCUGAUCGCCGCCGCAAUUCUGGCCUUUAACAACUUGCUGGUGAUCUUCGUCCCGACCAUCAGAGACAUCUUCGGCUUCAUCGGUUCUUCUGCAGCGACUAUGCUCAUCUUUAUCCUACCUGCUGCCUUUUACAUCCGCCUGGUGAAAUCAGUGCCAUACCGUUCCCCGCAGAAGAUCGGGGCAUCCGUCUUCCUGGUCGUGGGAAUCAUCUUCAUGAUUGGCAGCUUGACACUCAUCGUCCUCGACUGGACCCACAACCCCCCAGGCUCCAACAGCGGCCACUAAGCCCCUCAUCCUCUCUCCUUAGAUCCACGUGUGCAGCAAUGCCCCGAGCAGCACCACCACCACCACAACCCAAAUCAAGUUCUCCCACAGCCUCAGCUGCUCCCACAUCUGGGGAUGGGGUUCUUCAGAGGCUCCCUGCAUCACAUUUUUAACAUCAAUCUUAGAACCUCAACAUAAAGACAAAGAUUUGCUGCACUGGGUUAAGACAUCUUCAGUUUUUGCUCCAUAGAAUAUCACUGGAGUGACUUUUUUUUAGCUCGUUUUAUUGUUUUUUGUCUUGUAGGGUUUUUAUUUUUUGUUGCUGUGAAGCUCUGGAUGUGACACGAUCAAGAGGAUCAAAACUCAGAGAGGGAGGAACAGACUCUUGUUUAACCUGCAAGUAAGCCAGCCUGAAAUCAUCCUCUUCAUCAUCAUGACCAUCAUCAUUACUUCCAGCUAUGAAGAGACAGAACAAACACACAUUGUGUAGCAAUCACUUACAGAUCUGUGAACUGCAAUUUGCAUGGCUGGAAAGACAAUGCGAGUCCCUCAGUGCUCUGUGCACCUGAAGGUGAAGUGUGUUGUCCUCCAUGAAACAAGGAGCACUUAGCGCUAGCAUUACACUUCACUUGGUGUGUAGAGCUAAUAUACAUUUGCGCACGCAUAUGCACAAAUGUAAACAUAUUGAAACACUACAGCUGUUCAUGCAAAAGAAGAAAUCAAUCAAAGCUGUCGGCUGAUCUCAAAGCAACGGUUAGUCUGUAACUUCAUUCAGUCACGUAGAACUUGUAUUCUGGAAAUCUUGGUUUAAUUUGCUAACAAUCAGAAGCUUUGCCAAAGUCGACAUGCACAUACAGCUUUAGUUGAUCGGGCUCACACUAGAGUUUCCCGUCUCCACAGCUUCCUCGUCAGCUGUUGUCAUCCCGGCUGCCCACACAAAGCGUGAUGAGGCUUUCGCUAUUACUGUCACAUCUGAACACGCUAAGUAUGAAUGUACAUAAGUUAGGUUAGCUACUGGAAAUAAAAUAGUGUUGUACAUAAUAUCUUACUUGACCUCAUACGGCUCUUUGCCUUUCACGUUUUAUGAAGUUGAAUUAGCCUUUUGAACUCAAAUAAACACCCACUGGAAUAAUUUAUGAGGCACUUGACAGUGCUGUACAAGUAUAUAUAUGUAUAACAUCAAUUUUAAAGUUUGCAGUUUAGAUAAGUACAAUUGGGCAUUUUAAAAAAUGAAUUCAAAUCAACCAGCAGAGCCAAACUGGAAGGCUAAUUUUAAAAUCACAUGUCAAUUCAAGAUGCCAAGACUGUAAGUGAAAUAUUUCAACUUGUGUCAUACCAUACUAGUCACAUGCUAGUCCCAAAUGUCAUUGAAGAAUAUAAUGUAAGGCCUUACUUUCUUUUGUAACGUCAUUAUGUGCCUAUUAAGCUAAAAAAUAUUUUAAUAUUUAGGAGAAUGCAGUUAUUUGUUUUGAUUCUUUAACCAAAGUUUGAAGAGAAGACGGAGCACUCUCACAUCUGUAAUCGAAAUAUCGAACAAAAGUUACAGCCAGCAAGCAAUUAGCUUAGCAUAAAAAAUUGAGUGUGGGAAAAUGUCAUUCUAACUACCAAUAAAACCACAAUUUUAACAUUUUGGUUUUCAUAAAAAUUAGAUUCAAUUUCAUCUUUCAAUGAUUAACCUCUAGAAGUGAUGCUUGGUGGAUUAAUUAAUCCAUGCUGACCGCUUUCCCGCAUUUUCACCCUUUAUGCUAGGUUAAGCUCACUGUCUCCAGGCGCUAGUUUAAAAUUUCGCAUACAGACAUGAGAGUGACUUAAAUCUCCAUUUGUCAACAAGUUAAAACAGUUUUCUAUCCCCGCAAAAUGUCCAAGUUUUCUUCCUAGGAGUCGUGAUUUGGUAAACAAUAUCAGACUCUUUAAGACACUUGUUGCGACGGAGGAGCCGGCUACAGUACUGAUACCUACUGUUCAUGCAGAGGAUGUGACCGAUGUAUGCAAGACAGUAAACCAAGCUCAAAACUAUGCUUAUUUUCUAACGUCGGACUCAAAUUAUGAAAUCUGUGUCUUUAAAUGGUCUUGUUUUCCUUUAUCAGGGAAAAGGUUUUUGUUAGUGUUACUGUUCCAGUAAAUUGAGACAUGUUUGUGAGCACUUGAAGCAGAGCACACAGGUCACUUUGUCUGUCUUGUUCACAAGAAGGACGCUCAGUCAUUAAGCUCAUUGGAAUGAAAAUCAGGUAGUUACAUAGUUUCAGUAUUCACUCUGCCGUUGCACACACUUUUAAGGUUAACUGACAUAUUUUAUCAAAACUUUUAAUCAGCUUAAAGGAUAAAUCUCUUUUUAUUUAUCCAUUUCUUUAACUGGGGCCUUUGGUAGAAUCAAUGACAGCGACAUCAACAGCCCAGAAUUGCUCAUUUCACUUUUCCUCCUGUGCCGUUAUGUGUCAUGAACACAUCCAGCCAAAGUGGACAACAUUUAUAGAUCCUUUACGGAUCUAUGUACAUGAAACAAAUAGAUAUUUCAAAUGAAAUAGUGUAUUACGUGCAUGUUUUUGGAUUACAAACAUGGUCUUUUUGGACAAUUGUAUAUGCUCUGUAAAUAAUCUUUAUUUUAUGGUACACUUUCACUCAUUGUGAGUAGGUUGUUGGGGGAUUCUACCUUACAAGUCUUCUGCAAUCCAGUGUUUUUUUAGUAUAUAUAUAAAUAUAUAUAACUUGUAUUAGAUGUUUUUCUUGCUGUAAAACUGUAGUUUUUUUCCCCCUUUUUUGAAGCUUGUAUAUUUGUAGAAAAUGUUGGUCUCUCAAUAUAUCCAUUGUUAUGUUUAAAGGUUAACUUGUCAUAUAAGGAUGAAUCAAUCGAUUAACCGCCGGCUUCAUAAUAGUUUAUAACUUGGUUUUCUCAGAAAUCUCGGAAACAUGGCAGCGAGUUUCUGUUGCUGACUGGCCCCGGCUAAGCACCAAUGUGUUUGAAGCCAAGCCACAAGCAAGAAGUGUUGACGUUUUGCCCACACGUCAGGAAGGUUCCUACUGUAUACAACAUUUUGAUCAUUUGUAAUAAUAGUUAAAGGUUUUUCUGUUUUUUAUCAAAUGACACCUAAUAGCGGAAUAACAGAACUAACAACAACCUUCUUUCUGCGAGCUCUGAAACUCAGUCGUAGUUCUUACAUUACUGUGGCUUACAAUCUUUAUCACUACUGUUAAAAACAUCCACUCUUAGUGAGGUGUUAUGCAUAACAUCAUAUUUUGUGAUGUAACCUGAACUGAAUCUUUUCAAGUAAUCAUAGACUCCACUUUCAAUAUCUGCUAUGAAUGUUCAACAAUGGAUUCUACUUGGUUUGAAAGCCCAGUGUACUGGUUCUGAUUUAAUUUGACGAACGUUUGCCUGCAACUUCAUUCACGUCCUGCUGGAGAUGUGUGUCUUCCACAAGUUCGGGUUUCAUCUUUUCAAAAAGCAUGUUUUUAACAGAAUGCUCCCGGCACUACACCUCUACCCCUUUUAGUAUCUCAGGUAUUCAGUCUUGAUGAAUUCUUUCAUCUUACUUUUGGAUAGAUUAAAGUUUCUUCACCUCUUUUGCAUGAUUGAGCCAAGACGUACAAUGCUGUUGUAUAUUGAGCUGGCCGAGAAGAGAUGUUGUCAUGUGGAUUUGUAAAUGUUAGACAAGUUCCCAGCUAAUGUUGACAGUGUUUCGAGACGAGUUGUACAGAACCACCUGCCUUAUUUUUCUAUGGACCCUCAGCCGUGGACAAGCUCAUUGUUUCUGCUGUUCACUGUGUGUCUGCUUCCUGUGGAUCAGGCCGCACAUUCAGAUGUGUAAUUUUACCCAAACAAGGGGGGUGUUUGUUUUUUAUCAGUGAUGCUGUUUCAUUAUUGAUGACCAAUAAAAAAAUGUGAAAUGAAAAACAA